UCUCGUGUCGCCUUCGAUCUGACGCACACUGAUUGGCAGCGGCAGUGCGAGCUGUUUUGAAGAUAAAUAACUUUGAUUAAUUAUUUUUUUCGAGAGGAUCCUCGAUCCUUACAGAUCCUGCAAACGAGGUCGGAAAACUUGCGCUAGUACCGCAGAAUGUAAACGGGAGAAAGCUGGUCUCGGAUUGUAAACUUCCAAACAGUUUGGAGUCGUUAAAUCUGUCAGUGUGCACUGUAGAAAGGCCUCUCGAUGACGCAAUAAGACAUGUUUUCGUCUAUACUUCGAUAUAUCAAAUGUGCGCACCCACAUUUAGGAGUUUGCGUUCGUGGUGUGUAUAUGGGCAUGCACGCUGUUGAAUUUGCCCAGGAUUGGAACUGUUUUAAGGUACUGACUGCUGUCAUCCGAACUUGAAAAGUAAAGUAAAAGGAAGGAAGACGUGAUCAAUGCCACACUGCAACAAUAAUGUGACUGAUGAACUUUACAUUUUUACACCACCUUUAUACUACAGUUUAGAAGCAAGAAGGUUGGUGGGGCACCUUGACCCUAUAAAAUCCUGCAUGGGCUCUGCUCUGUAAACCAUCUCUUUACAUCCAGUCAUGUACAAACCAAAUCAGACUUUUUUUAAACUGAAGUGACCAGAUUUUCCCUGGUUUUUGCUUGUUUUGUAGUUUCACAGAAUUGCCAUGAGUCUCUCUCCACAUCAGAGAGGAACCAUAAACAGCAUCAGUAAGCAGAAUGUUGAAGCCAUUGAUCAAACAAUGCAACAUUCAGGUGAGCUGUUCUACAAUGUGGGAGCUCCUUCCUUGGAGCAAAUCCAUGGCAGUCAAGGAGGAGUGGUGGAUUCUAGCCCUGAAGUCCAGGGCUCUGCUGGUUUCAAAUCUGAAAAAGGAUAUCAGGUCUGGGGACAUUUUCAGCAGUCAGGGUCAGUAAAGUGGAUGCAUCAGGAUCCAAUGCAGACCUCAACCUGGUUUCAGGCCCUCCCAAACGUGACCAAGUGGACACAGAACGUGGGCCCUUCUCUUAGUGGUAUGGAUGACCCAAGGGCCUUUAACAAGGUGAGUCAUGAGAUGGAUGCUAUAAAGAUAGAGAAGCAUUCACCAGGUUCUGUGCAGUCCUUCCCAGAUACUUCUCAAGGUCCCGGGACUGAGUGGGAUCAUCAUGCGAUGGCAGCAAUGCAGCGUGCUCAAUUUCAGGCCCUCCAACAGGGACACAGGCAUGCAGACCUACAAUAUCAGCCUCAAGGCAUACAUCACAAUAUGCCAGAUUCUACACUGCAACCUUUUCAGGUGGCAUUUGGACUUACCAAGCAACCCCAGGCACCUGGAUUCCAUCAGGUGUUCCAAGGCAACAAUGCAUCUUUAAAUAUGAAUUACAGUGAGCAGCCAAAAUCACAACAGCAACUCUUGCAGUUGCAACAGCAGCAGCUGCAUCGCCAGCACCAGAUGCAACAGCUGCAGCAAAUGCGUCAGUUGCAGCAACAACAGCAGCAUGAAAUUCAGCAGCAACGGCUGCACCACAUGCAACAGCAAUACCACCAGCAGCAGAAAAUGCAGGCACAGCUACAACAGAUGCAGCAGGAACUGCAGCAGCAGCACACACAAGGUUUUCAACUACCAGAGUCUAUGCCAAUGCAAGAAAAGCAGCGAGUCAAACAAGAGACAGGGUCACAGCAUCUUGAUAGUGUUCAGGUGAAAACUGAAUCAAGCCCAUUGUCUCACCAUAGCCAGCUCACUGUCCCUCAGACUCAGCCACAUGAUCCAGUCCCUCAGGGAUCACAUUACCAGGACUCUUGUCCUGCAAAGACUUCUCCAGAACUGCAGGAGACCCAAACCAAACCUCAGGCCCUCCUUCGCCGCUCUCGUCGGCUCUCCAAAGAUGGUGUCUCUCCUCAGGUCAACCAAACCACUAAGGACAAGUUUUCUGCCCAAAAUGGAGGCGUUUGUGAACCCUCAGCGGGGGUCAUCCAAAGCACUCAGAGACGACGUAGGGCUUCAAAAGAGAUCAACCUUGAGACUCUAGCUCAAAAGGCUUCAGAGAUGGAAUCUUUGCCAGCAAAGCGUGAGGAGAAAACGUCUGGUAGGCCAUGUAAUGUGGUCCCCCUUGUCAUCCCUGUCUCAGUGCCAGUUCACAAAUAUAAAGUCCAGCUAGAUGCCCCUGGCAGCUUGGAACAAGUUGACCGGCAUCCCUCAGGGAUUCCUCAACAACAAAACCAGCCUGAACGCAAACCCUCGGUUAUUGUAGUACGCCGGCGCUCUUUAAAAAGCUCAACAUCUGAGGGCUUCAGCCAGGGUAAGGGCCAAGAGGAAAGAUCACCUGAUAAGUCCAGGCGUCGCCCACGGCCCGAGCCCCUGGUCAUUCCACCUCCCAAACCAUGCACUUUCAUCGCCCCUUCUCUCUACUCCAGCAUCACCUCCUACCAAAGCAACCUGCGAUCCUCAGUGCGCCUGCCAGAUAAUGCAAGCAUUAUCCCCCCAUACACUCCACCACCCAUUCUUUCACCUUUGCGUGAAGGCUCUGGACUCUACUUUUCUGCUGUCCUCUCUUCUAUGGCAGCUGGCAGCCAGGUCCUUCAACCCCCACCGACACCUCGGAGCACCACACAAAGCUUGCUGCAUUCAACCAGUUCCGAUAUCACACCUCCCCCACUCCCGCUGAUUGGAGAGGCAACGCCUGUCAGCCUUGAACCUCGCAUAAACUUUGGUUCUCAGUACCAGGCAGAGAUUCCAGAACUACAGGAUCAGUCAUUGGCCCUACAAGACCAACAUAAAGCCACAGUAGUAUGGCUACCUAUAUCAGAUGUUGAUUCUACACCCACCCAAGGUACAAGAGUUGAUGACAUGAUGAAUCUAGCCUGCUCCAGUGUCCUGUGUGGAGGAGGAACCAAUACAGAGCUAGCGAUCCACUGCCUGCACGAGUCAAGAGGUGAUGUCAUGGGAGCUCUAGAAAUGAUGAUUAUGAAGAAUCCAAUUUUUUCCUGGAACCACCAUCUGGCCAACUACCACUAUGCAGGGUCAGAUUAUUGGACGGUGGAUGAAAAACUAUACUUCAACAAGGGAAUUUCGGCUUACAGGAAAGAUUUCUUCUUAGUACAAAAACUGGUGAGGAGUAAAACAGUGGCACAAUGUGUGGAGUUCUACUACACAUAUAAGAAACAGGUGAAGGUUGGUCGCAAUGGGGUUCAUACAUAUGGACCUUCAGACACAGAGCUUGAUGUGACACAAGAACAAGUGGAGAAAGGAAAUGAUAUUAGACAGGAAGAGGGAACAAAAACCAAUGAAGACGUCACUAUCAAAGAUGUGACCAAUACACCUCAGGACAUUGAAAAUGAGAGGGCAGACUUGGCUCAUGAAGUGCAGAAGAAUGGUGCUGUGGAAGAUGCUUCUGGCCUGAGACCAGAGGUUCAAUCCUCCUUCAAAACUCCUUCCCCUGCACCUCAGAAACCUCGCUCUGGCAAUACCGGGAAGAAAAACAGGACCUCAACUGUUAACAGAAGUCAGGGAGAGCCAGAGGGUGUUUUCCCUUGCAAGAAGUGCAGUAGGGUUUUCUACAAAGUGAAGAGCCGCAGUGCCCACAUGAAGAGCCACGCUGAGCAGGAGAAGAAGGCUGCAUCACUGCGCCUAAAAGAAGAGGAAGAGCAGGCGGUGGCUAAGGCGAGGCAGGAGGCACUAGAGGCAGCAAGGAGGAAGGAGGCACAGGGAGAAGGAUGGCAAGCAGAGAGUAGUGGAGCUGAGGAAAGCUCCAUAUAAAGAAGAUGAGCAUGAUGAAGACUGGCAUUGAGAAAGCAGUCUGCCUCAUUUGACUUUGAUUCUAAAACUUGUGCAUCUCUGCAACACUGAAGAGCAGUUGGGAUGUUUGGAAAGAUAAAUGUUUAUGAAAUGCUUUGCCAUUUUUUUCCUCCAAAAUGUUAUGAGAUCUUGUAUCUUUGAAUGUAUAUUUGAAAUGGUGUAAAUGUAUACCAAUUUAGCAUCAUGAAUGUCUUGCUUAUUAAGUGAUAAUAGGCAAAGGUGCUGUUAUUCAUUCAAUUUGAAUUGUGUUUAAAACUGAAAAUAUUUAGAAGACUUUUUUAAUGACUUUAAAGGAACAGUUUACUUCAACAUCAAUUAGAUAUGAUUUCUUACCUAAAGAAUACCCUUCAUUUUUACCUACAAACGUGAAAAUGUUUAAGCUGAUUGUUGUGUUGAGCUUUUCUAGAAAUGUACAAAUAGUUUCAGAUUCAGGUUUCCAGUUUUAUUAUGAUCAAAGUUCAAGAAUUGAGUUUGUAUGCCUUUUAUAUGCCCAGUAAGAUGUUUAUUAUUAUUUUAUUAUUAUUAUUAUUAAAUGCCUUUUUUAAAUAUACAUAAUAUGUAUCAAGAACACAAAACCAAAAAAAAUUCCAUCUACCUAUGGAUAAUUUCAAUUACAAUUAAAUAUUUCUUGUUCAUGUAAUGUACAGUAUAUAGAGCAGAAAAAAAAUGUUGAUCUCUGUUAAUAUUGUACUGUGUACAAUACUGCCCUAAUGUGUGUGUUUGGUUUUCAGUACUCUAAACUUAAACGAAUGUAUUAAUGCUUUAAAUGCACUUAAAGUAGUGCAAUAUGGGGAUUGGGAUUGAGGGAUUUUUAUCAAAACUAUGUAAAUAAAAGUUUAGUAAAUCACAACCAAUCAGUUUUUUCCCCACAAAUUUAUAUUAAAAAAAAAUAAUUCUCAGACUUUUAGUUUACUUUAUUUUAUUUGACUGGCAUUGCAUAUAAUU